CGUUCCGAUAAGUUUGCGUAAAGAUGUUGUGCUUUUUUUAUGCAAUACAAAGUUUGCUAGGUAUGUUCGUACCUGUUCUUGCAAUAACGAAAAAUUCAUGCCUAAAGAGGGACUGGCAAGUGCAGUUGUAAGUAAUGAGUCUAAAGAAAAAGACAAAAUUGCACAGUCAGUCAUAAAACAGAAUGCAGUUGGGGAUAUAGUAGUAAAAACUGAAACAGACGUAAACAAAGUUGUGACGAAAGUUACUAUUGAGAAAAAACCUGCCGAAGGACAAGCAGAGCAACCGCCGACAGUGAAAAAGAGGUUACUUAUAGAUUUUUCGGCGUCAUAUACUGAACGUAACUUUAUAACACCAAUGAGAGCAAUGACAGAAUAUCUGCUAAAACAAUCUGACUUAGAGUCUCUGCCAAAAGUGCUCAGAAGGUCACCAUAUGAGUCUGCACCACCUAUUACUGUGUAUUAUAGAAAAGAUGUUGAAGCUAAAGCAAUUGAGGUUUGGGGAUCAAGAGAUUCUCUUGAAAAGGAAUUAUUGAGAAGAGAAUUAGACAGGCGAAGAUAUGAACAAGAUGUCUUUACUGUAAAAAGAAGAUUAAGAAACUAUAGGAGGGAAAUGAGUUACAGUCACACCCCUGACGGUGAAGAAAUGGGUUUGAAUACAAGAUCUGGUCGUGUGGUACUCACUGCUGUAGCAAUAAACGGUUGUAACUUUCUGUUCAAAUUGUGUGCAUGGUUGUACACAGGGUCACACAGUCUGUUUUCAGAAUGCAUUCAUUCACUAGCUGAUACAGUUAAUCAACUAAUAUUGGCAUAUGGAAUACACAAAUCUGUUCAAAUGGCAGACCCCGACCAUCCUUAUGGAUACACAAAUAUGAGAUAUGUCUCUUCGCUCAUCUCAGGUGUGGGUAUAUUCUGCGUAGGCUCAGGAUUAUCCUUCUAUCAUGGUUUCAGUGGUAUCCUCGACCCACAACCUCUUCACGACUACUUUUGGGCGUAUUUUGUGCUUGGAGGCGCUGCGGUGUCUGAGGGAGCAACACUCAUGGUAGCCAUAAAUGCCAUUAAGAAAGGAGCCAAAGAAGCUAAUGUACCUUUAACAGAAUACAUAAUGCGAAGUUCGGACCCAUCGGUAAAUGUAGUGCUGUUGGAGGACACCGCAGCUGUUGCGGGCCUGGUCAUAGCAGGAAGCUGCAUGGCCUUAGCUCAGUAUACUGGCAAUUCAUUGCCAGACGCUGUUGGAUGCAUCUUGGUUGGCACUUUACUCGGCGGCGUGGCUUCCUUUAUAAUUUUCAGUAACGUCGGAGCUUUGGUUGGCAGGUCAAUACCUCAAGAGCAAUUGGACGAAAUUAACAACGUACUGGAAAGAGAUUACAUGAUCCGAGCUAUACACGACGUCAAAGGCAUAGAUAUAGGCAGCAACCUUAUUAGAUACAAGGCUGAAGUAGACUUCGAUGGAAGAGCGCUAACAAGAUCGUACUUAGUAUGUUUGUAUUUUGAUCCUUAUGCUAUAAUGUAUAUAAUUAUAUAAGAGAGCUGCGCGAUCUUUCGUAUUUUCUCUUUCUCUCAUAUUACAUUGAAACAUAACGGCAGCUGUCACGCUAAAUAUAUUUAUUCAGGUUCCAGCAGGAAACUUUGUUAUUAAAAUUUCCAUUUGCUUUUAAUUCAUGCAUGUGAGUUAUACGUCAGAAUGUAGUUGAAAAUUCAAAGCGAACUGCUAGCUGUAAUAAAUUGACAACUUUGUUAUCUUCGUAAAGGCCAAAGUACAGACGGCAGCACAUCAAGCUAAACAUUGACGGUCCUUGGGCCCUACUCUCAAAGCUCGAAAUCCGUAGUUACGGCCGUUUCCACUAUGGAUUACCAACAGACUUGAAUUUCGAUCGGGGCUAGAACUAAGAACGCGAUUUGACAGCAUCAAACAGGGGUCUGUUACACAGAAGAGAACAGACCCCGUUUUUUCGUGGACAGACUUCAGAGUAGUUCCGUAGGUCUUCCAUGGUUAGAAAACGGCCGUAACUACGGAUUACGUGCUUCGAGAAUAGUGCCGCUUGUUGAAGGGAACACAGUGCAAGGGUACUGGAAGCGAAAUUCAAACAAGUGUAUUGCUUGAAGUGCUGUUAACUGUACCCACGUCAAAAUGUUUAUAACAUGUGAAGUGAUUCAGAUCCAGACAAUAUUAUUCCUAUGACCACGUACACGCUCAGUGUAUAUUAUAAUAAAAUAGGGGCAUUCUUUAUCGGUAUAUUGUAUUAUAAGUGACCGUAUGGUGUCUAGAAUACGAUUUUCAUACAAAAGUGAGGGUAUACUUGCUUGAGCCUGAAGCACAUAAUUACAUUUAAUAUAUUUUAAAGUACAUUGCGUGUUUCUCCAUUGUAGUUUUACUGGGUUUUCGGAGGUAAUAGGUGACUAUAUUAUAAAGGAAUCAGGAAACCUUAAAUGCUUAUUACACUAUCUGAUAUCAAGGACCCUGGGUCAAGGGUGGGCGUGGUCCUUACUAGUUAAGGCGCCGCUCUUAUUAACUUAUAUAUAAGACGCCCAAAUUAGGGACCCAAAUUCUUAUUACAUAUCUCUAUGUUAAAGUUAGGAUCCCUCGAAAUUGGGUAGUAUAAUAAUGUUAUAGACUAUUUUUUUAUGUAAGAUCUCCACAACAACUCUACCCUCCUUGUCAUGAUUAACGCAUUUGCAUCUCGGGGUAACUUUCGAGAUACUGACACCUUAAGUUUUGUCACCUAAAAAUUUUCAAUUAAAAGUAUAAUUCAGCUUCACUGCACCGUGGCAGCGAUACGAAAUCGUGAAAUAAUUGCGUUCGUUUAAUCCCUUGAUGUAUCUUUAAUACUUAAAGCUUGAGUUAUGAAAUUAAUGUAUAACAUAUUUAAGAAUUCAUUCAAUCUAUGAAUCACUCUCUAGAAACACGAUUACUCGUAGUUAGUCGAUAGAAAAAAUCCCAAGUUAUCUCUAACAACAAAAUAAACCCUUGGUACGACGUAAAUACUUCUCGGAAGGUUAUCACAUUAUAUAUAUUAUAAUAUUGAAAUACCUAAAGUCCGUCCCGUAGUAGCCAGCGCCACCACACGCUUCCCCCUGUCCGCUUUAGUCCUGUUUCGGACGCAGACGUCCAUGACGUCUGACAUAAAGGUUGUGCCACUUGGGCUUACACACGACUUUAAAAACGUAUGCUACACGCACACAUACACGGAGCGCAUAGAAUACCUAAAAUCGAUUACCAAGAUCGAUGCCCUAUUAACAAUAAAACUGAAACUAAAUAAAAUAUUUAAAAAACCGAUUAGAGGGGGUUGUUGAUCUCAUUUUGCUGGUCCCAGAUAUGUUUAUAACAAGAUAUCGCUAAAAAUGUCGAUUACGUUAGUUAUGAUAAGGGCAGAACUAGUCGCCUAGAUGCCUCGUUGUUUCGUGUGACUUAGCGUAUUUCCUCGUUUAUCAUUUCACUGUAAACACUAAUUUGUUAUAUAACAUUUUUAAAAUGCACCAUUAUACAAAUAAGGUUACCUGAAUCUGCCUGUUGGUCGCCGUGUACGCGUUACCUUGGAGCCAACACCAACCAUUUAGGACCGGAUUUAGAGUAUGAACGUU